CAGCUGCCUGGGCCUGAGCUCUAGUAUCCUCCCCAAGGACAUUGCCAACCCCAAGCUGAUUUUGGCGGAGGCCUGUUCUGUGGCCAUCAGGUUUACCUUCUAUCGAUCCUUCAUAUCAUUUUUCCAUUCAUCAUCGACUAUUCUCCGACAUGGGUCAAUACUGGAUGUUUCUCAACAUCGACAGGCGAGAGCGUGCCAGUGGCUCCCUCUUGAAACUCGGCGAGUUUUUCGGCGAUGGUAUUACAAACAGGAGUAUAGCACUGCGUCUGUGUCGACUCCGAUCCCUUCCAAAGAUGCCCAUAAUUCAGCCCAGGGGAGCGGAGAGUACCACCAUUGAAAAGCCAGCGCGCAGCUUGCUCGUGCUGCCCAAUGAGAUCCUUUACCAGAUUAUCAUGGAGGACAUUGUAACCCUCGAGGACUUUGCCUGUUUCGCGGCCACAUGCCAUAGAUGCUGGGACCUAUGCGCCUCCAUUCUGGAAGUGUCCAUUAAAUACAUGGUGUCAUGGGCAGGAUCCCGCAUCAUUUGCCUCGGAGACUACAUGCAAAACGAUGAUCUCCCAACAGGCAUUCUCACCGAGGCCGAAAGGGCCGAGCUAGGCGCCGCUGUACCGGACGAAUAUUCCGAAGGACGACCCGUCUCGCUCUACGAUUUUGCGGGAAACCACUACCACUCAGCGGUUAUGUCUCCAGACUUUUUUGACAUCACAUACGCGUAUAUAAGACCGCUUGAAAGGCGAGGUAUCGAAGGCGCACCAUUGGCGGCCAUCAGGAGAAUGUGUAAGCCCGUCAAGGCUACAGUCCUUCGAAACCUCUCCAAGAAGCUCUACGUGCGUGCUGAUACCAUCGACGCACUCAACAAGGAACUCCACCCGAGGUUCCGCGGCCGCAAGCCUUUUAGCCUUGGCGAAGCACUUGUCGGUCGCAUCUGCUGGUCAUCCGAUCCCUCGUGCGCGAUGCCCGAAUACUGCGAAGACAUCACUCGCGGACCCUGGGCUGGAGACGCGUUUGACGUCACUUCUAUGAAGAGAUUUCAAAGGGAGGCGGACUUUUUGGAGUGGGUGGAUGCAAAAGACGAGGUGUGCGAGGCGCUACGACGAUACUUGGAUGGUUGCUAGAGUGUGAUGCAUGGCCUGGGUUCCACCGGAAACGGUCAUAGGCCAGGAAUCAGUGUUUCGCUUGAAACGUACAUUUUUCUAGCUUGUUGUUGCUCUCGAAAUGCCCAAUCGUAAAUUUCGUAUGUUCACUUGGACUCGUUCUGCC